AUAUCGAAGGAUGAUUGGGAAGCUUUCGUUCUUCAAAAAUGUAAAAAAGAAGAAAUUGUAAGUUUAAAGAACUCUGAUGAAAAUUGUGUUGUAAUUUAUCGUCUUUUUUAUUAGAAAUGAAACUAACAUGUAUUUUUAUGUAGGAAAUGAGGGAGCAGAAUCCAAGAAUGCAUUGCAAAAGCAAUACCACCAUCAUAUGGGAGCAAUGACGUAUGAUGAAUGGAGGGAUACGUGGGUGAGUGAAGGAGUAUACCCCACUGCGCUUCUAGGGUCCUCCACAACGCCGUCUGACUCCACGACCAGUACUUUGGUGAGUCGUGCUGGGGAUUUCUUUUGCUCUAUGCAUUCGCGGGACAAGAAAACCGAAAAAUGGUCCAUCAAAGCUCCGGAAACCAAAGAAAUGACAGAUAAGCUACUUGAGUACACUGGAGAGCUUGUUGAAGACAAGCUCGUCCCGACGGUAGAGAAGGACCCCUUCACCUUGGCUAUGGGAAAGCCCUACCAUCCGGGACGGGUAUUAGGUGCUGGGGGGAGCUUGCUAGGAUGGGAGAAGGUAAUGGGUCCCAAAUAUACCAAAUCUGGAAGAUCCCAAGCAAGUGUGAACUCGCCACAGAACUUUGAUGCCACAGUGGCAUCAAUUAAAGAACAAGUGCGCAAUGAGAUGAGCGAAGAGUUCAAUGCAUGGGCGAAGCAAAUGAAUUUGCCGACCUUGCCCUUUUCCUCGACAAAUCCGGCCGACUCAAGUAGCCACCCACGAAGACAAGGAGAACAGGAGAUAAAUGCACGCGAGGAGAUUGGUACUCCUUCACAUGCGAACUCAAGGGGGCUUGAUACUCCGACACCUCAUGACUUUCCUAUUCUACAGGAAUAGACCCGUUGUGAACUUCUUCACCCGGGCGAAUCAUAUGAUGGACCUUUGAAUGUUGUUUCCUAUGGUAGUGCACAAUCGGCCGAACAAGGUACGGUCCAUCUUCGACCUCUUCUGCCUGAGCAUUAUUCUGUUGGGAUCCAUUCUGUGGUUCCCGGGUUCGAGGACAUCUUAAUACCUGUGCCCGUGGAGGAGGAUGAGUUCACUACACUCUGGCAGCAAUAGGUAGUUUUGUGCAAUGGCCAUCUGCUUGGAUAUGGUUGAUGAACCAGCCAUCGAGGAAAAGCCAAACUCCAAAGAAGAGGGUGGAGGGGCCAAAGAACAGGAGUGAACAUGGCUCGUUGAGUGGAAAAGCGUCGAUGAAGAGCCCUUCACGAGGUUCAACUACGCAAGCUACUCCAUUAGUUGAAGACACGGUGCUUCAAUCGCUAUCUCAGGAGUUAGCUUAUUUGCACAACCGUGUU